AUUUCUUCUAGCUUUGUGGAUCCCUUACUGCAAUUUGAGUCUCAAUUGAAGAUAAUAGAGUUAUCCUUUAAAAUGGUAUUUGCUAUGCCAAGUAUUGACAAAGUGAAAGAAAUGAGGGACAAUGAAGAUGACAAAGAUGACCUGGAGAAUUUAUACCAAAAUAUUUUAAACACAUUUGAGGACACUCUUCUGAUUUUAGUGUCUAAAGACCUCUACAAGCUACAAAUCUUGAAGGAAAUGGCCGUGUGGAUGAGUGAAGAUAGUUCGUACCUGCAGGAGAGAGCCAUGGUGAUCAUCAGCAGGGUGCUAAGCUUUGCAUGCGGGAAAGUCAGGAGAUAUGCAAGUUUUGAUAUUCCAUGUUUGGGUAUCCUGGCAGCAGAACUCUUUCUUUUGUGUUUCCAUACUGAUCCCUCAAUCAUACAGCAAGCAUCCUCAGGAAUGUAUCACCUACUCUGUAUUGCAAAGUAUCAGGAUGAUAUUGCAAAAAAUAAAACUGCAAAGUAUGGUAAGUCUGGAAGCCAUUGCCUCCUGCCUUUUCCCUGUGGUAUAGAAUUACCACCCAAGAUCUCACAACAAGAGAAAACUAAAAUCGCUCAGGAUGUAGGACAAUCCUUAAUGCCGUCCAUGCUGACUGACUUAGUGUGGAGUCUCCUGAUGAGACUUUCUGCAUCUGAUUAUACAACUGCAUCCGAGGCGGCAACCCUGUUGAAAUUGACUCUGGAAUAUCACGCCCAUAAGGUCACCAUGAUGUCUAAGAUUGUGGAUGCUAUUUAUAAGCAAUUGUGUGGAAAUCCUUCUCACAUUAUGAAGCAAGCUAUGUUGCAAGUCAUCGCCUUAUUGACACUCGCUUCACCGAAGAAGGUCAUCUUUCAACUAAUGGACUACCCAGUCCCAGCAGACAACACUUUGAUACUGAUGUGGCAUACGGCCGGUUCUGUGUCCAGCGUGGCCCCUCAUGUGCUGAAGACCAUUUUGUUGAUCCUGAAAGGAAAGCCUGGGGAAAUGCACGAUAACCUAAUGGAAAGAAGACGCUUCUCUAUCGAUGCUACUAACAUGAUGCCCAUGGCGGCAUCCCAGGCCCUAUGCACAUUGCUGCCUGUUGGUUCUUACAAGAAAGCAGUGGCCCAGUUUUUCCCCCAGCUCCUGAUGGCUCUCCUGUGUCAACUCUUUUACAGCAGCAACCAGAAACUGAUGACAGGGGACGGGCCUUUGUAUGCCCAGGAUGCCCUGAGAGUUCUGCUGAAUUGUUCUGGACUGCAACAGGUGGAUACUGCUCUAGAGAAACAGAAUUGCUGGACCCAGUUUUCCCAAGAGCUGUUUGACCAUUCCGGGGUCCACCUUGUGGCCAAAACUCUCAGUGAAUAUAACUUCCCACAGUUUCCAGAGACUUUGCAUUAUCUCUACAAGCUCUCGGUAGAAGGUCCUAGAAGGUCAGAAGACAGUGUCAUCACAGUAAUAUUCCUCACCCAACUUCUGAAUAACUUCUUCAAGAACCCAUUCCCGGAAGAAUUUUUGAUUCUCUUCAGAAACUGGGUCAAAGACUCCAAUCCUACAGUGAGCGAGCUGAGCCUUCAGAAAAUUGCUCACCUGGCACCAGUUAUCAAUGAGAUAGAAAAUGUCUGCAGCUUAUUAACAUCCAUCCUGGAUGCCUUCCUCUCCAAAGACAAGACUGUUACAAUUCAGGCCUUGCUCACCGUUCGAAAACUUUUAGACAAACUGGACAAGGUGACCUACUCCUCUUUGUGUACCAGAAUUGCUUCCAGCUACUGUCCUCUGAUGGAUCAUAGUAACGGAGAGAUUCGGAGUAUGGCCAUUCAACACUUUGGUGAAUUGCUCAGGGACAUGAGUCAGUACACAUGGUUGCUGAAUGAUGUGAUUCUUCGAGUCUUGGUGCCCCUGAUCCUGUUUUUGGAGGAUACAGAGACAAAAGUAGUUAAAGCAUGUAAAUACACAUUAGAAAUCUGUGUCUCAGAAUUAGGUUGGUCAAAACCAUAUUCACUCACUGAAGAGAAUUACAAUUUUGAGCUGCUGGUGAUCAACAUCUGUAACAGUCUCCGUCUUUCUCAUGGAAGGUACAUUAGAGAUUUGAUAUCUGAUACCUUAGGAUUCUUGAAGAGCUCCCGGGCACAUCUGAGGAGAACAUCAGUUAUUUUAAUAGGGUACUUGGCAAAAUUGUGCGGCCAUUUGCUACACAGAGAUGAAAUUGAAGUUAUGCUUGAGGCUGUUGACCGAAUGCUUCGGGAUGAAGACCCUGUGAUCAAGGAGUUGGCGAAAAUAACCCACAGCAUUUUUAAGGAAAUAGCCGAUAGAUUUACCACCUCAAAUCUUAAACAAAGCUUCCGAAGAUUGUUUAACUUCAUCUGCGUCAAAAAAUUGAAGCCUCUUUAUAAUUAUAAUGGGCCCAACAACCUGACAGUCAGUCCUAUGGGGAUUAAAGAAACGAAGAAUGACAAGGAAAGCCUUAUGGAUGAGAAUUAUAAAGACAUUUUAGGAAAGAAGAAGUUCCCUCGUGCCUUGAAGUGCACCUCUGAAAAGGAAUAA